UUAUUGUUAUCCAGGUGUCAUUUCGUUUACUUAGCUUUAUAGUGUUGUGUAUAGUAGUUAGCAUGCAGAAAGCUGGAAAGAUGCCUAACUCCAAAAUGAACUCUCUGUAGCUGUCUCCCUCCCACUUACACUCUCCUUUAGUACCGCCCCUUCCAUGCACCCUUUAGCCAGCAGCAAGACAGCUGUGUUUGAUCAUAAACCACUUAAACUCCAGGCUCACUGGCAGGGGAAACUUUAGCGUGAAGUGCAGCAUUGGUUCAUCUCAAAUAGAGGAGCUUUUCUCUCUUUUCUGUUCUCCCUCCUUGAAGGCUGUAGCAGCACUUUCUUUUUAAUUUCUCUGUGAAUUUGCAUGAAGCUCAUCAAAUUUUUCUGUGUACAUUCGUGGCAUUGGGAGAUGCUCUUAAACAGAGCUGUGGAAAACAGCAGCACAGAACAAACAGCAGAGAUGAAGCACACCUUGGAGAUGGACUAAGACAGCCUUGGGAUCCUGGCAAGCAGUUCCUUCCCUGCAUUAUCUGAACACAGUAUUAGCAAGUCUCUUGCAGCAAUGGAUUGUCUGUGAAGUCAAAAUCAGUUUGGCUCUUUUAGUAGGUUUUGCAUUGUUAAUUUAAACUGUCAGUGUGGAGUAAAAAUGGCUGUAUAGAGCAAAAUGUGUCAGACGUAAAAAUUUGGAAAAGAAAGUAUUGAAUCAGUUGAGCAAAGCUUUGAAGCAUUAAAAUCUGCAGAAGUCAUCGAGCCCUAAGAAGUCUAAUCAUGAAUUCUGGAGUUGCUAUGAAAUAUGGAAAUGACUCCCCUGCAGAGCUGAGUGAGGCUGCAGUUGCAGACUAUGUGUUCAGACUAAGUUGAAAUGAAGACAAUAUUUUGUCCUAAGUGUGGUCUCCUCACCACCCCAUUUCCGUCUCCUGCAUUACUGUUUGCUCUCUCACUGGGAGUGGAAGUGGCAACAGGUUCCUUCUGUGGAGACCAAAACCAAGGUUGAGCAUUCAUACAUGGUGCAAAGCCAGCUUCAUUUAGCAUCCCUGGCUUCAUUAAAGGGAGACAUAGUGGAGCUUAAUAAGCGUCUACAACAAACAGAAAGGGAGCGUGACCUGUUGGAAAAGAAAUUGGCAAAAGCACAGUGUGGACAAUCCCAUCUAAUGAGAGAGCACGAAGACUUACAGGAGCAAACGACACUACGCUACGAGGAAAGGAUCACAGAGCUGCACAGCAUCAUUGCUGAAUUAAAUAAGAAAAUUGAUCGACUACAGGGAACAACGAUAAGGGAGGAAGAUGAGUAUUCAGAGUUGCAGUCAGAGCUCAGCCAAAGCCAGCAUGAGGUUAACGAAGAUUCAUGCAGCAUGGACCAGAAUUCAGUUUCAGUACCAGAGAAUCAGUCCACCAUGGUCACUGCAGACGUAGAUAACUGUAGUGACUUGAAUUCAGAACUGCAAAGAGUGCUGACAGGUCUGGAAAAUGUUGUCUGCGGGAGGAAAAAAAGCAGCUGCAGUUUAUCGGUAGCAGAAGUGGAUAGACAUAUUGAACAACUCACUACUGCCAGCGAACAUUGUGAUUUAGCCAUUAAGACUGUGGAAGAGAUUGAGUGUGUACUGGGACGUGACCUUUAUCCAAAUCUGUCUGAAGAGAGAUCUCAAUGGGAAAAGGAGCUGGCUGGCCUGCGGGAAGAGAAUGAGAGCCUCACAGCCAUGCUGUGUAGCAAAGAGGAGGAGCUGAACAGGACCAAGGCCACCAUAAAUGCUAUUCGUGAAGAAAGGGACAGACUGCGUAGGAGGGUUCGGGAGCUGCAAACACGUUUACAAAGCGUACAGGCCACAGGCCCAUCCAGCCCAAGUCGCCUCACUUCUGCCAGUCGACCCAUUAACCCCAGCACGGGAGAGCUGAGCACAAGCAGCAGUAGCAAUGACAUUCCCAUAGCCAAGAUUGCUGAAAGAGUGAAGUUGUCAAAGACAAGAUCAGAGUCUUCAUCAUCUGAUAGGCCUGUCUUAGGAUCAGAAAUCAGCAGCAUAGGGGUGUCUAGUACUGUGGCUGAACAUUUGGCACAUUCCCUCCAAGACUGCUCAAACAUCCAGGAAAUAUUUCAGACUCUUUAUUCACAUGGAUCUGCUAUCUCUGAGAGUAAAAUCCGAGAGUUUGAAGUGGAGACAGAAAGAUUAAAUAGCCGCAUUGAGCACUUGAAAUCCCAGAAUGACUUGUUGACAAUAACACUGGAAGAGUGCAAGAGCAAUGCUGAAAGGAUGAGCAUGCUUGUUGGGAAGUACGAGUCCAAUGCCACAGCCCUCAGGCUUGCAUUGCAGUACAGUGAACAGUGCAUAGAAGCAUAUGAGCUGCUGUUGGCACUGGCAGAAAGUGAGCAGAGUCUCAUUCUUGGGCAGUUCAGAGCUGCAGGUGUUGGCUCUGUUGGGGACCAGGCAGGUGAUGAAAACAUCACUCAAAUGCUUAAGAGAGCUCAUGACUGCCGGAAGACAGCUGAGAACGCAGCAAAAGCCUUGCUGAUGAAACUAGAUGGGAGCUGCGGGGGAGCCUAUGCAAUCACCAGCUGUAGCAUACAGCCCUGGGAGAGCCUGUCAUCCAACAGCCACACAAGUACUACCAGCUCAACUGCAAGCAGUUGCGAUAUGGAAUUUACAAAGGAGGAUGAGCAACGACUGAAGGAUUACAUACAGCAGCUGAAAAAUGACAGAGCAGCAGUGAAACUGACAAUGCUAGAGCUGGAAAGCAUCCACAUUGAUCCCCUUAGUUAUGAUGUUAAACCUCGAGGAGACAGCCAGAGGCUAGACCUGGAAAAUGCAGUCUUGAUGCAGGAACUUAUGGCAAUGAAGGUAUUUUACUUAUAUCCAGCUGGCUCACUGCACUUCUGACAAUGCCCCUACAAA